GCAGGAAGUCCGGUAUCGUUGAUGGCUCUAUUGCCCAAGAGCCAGUAGCCGAGGUCCCCACUCUUCCCUGGUCCUGAUUCCGGCCCCACACCCGACUCGGCACAAUCCGGUUGAGGCUGUGGCGGCGACUGCGCCUGCCGCCAUGCACGACGCCUUCGAGCCAGUGCCGAUCCUAGAAAAGCUGCCUCUGCAGAUCGACUGUCUGGCUGCCUGGGAGGAAUGGCUGCUUGUUGGAACAAAACAAGGUCAUCUUCUUCUCUAUAGGAUUCGGAAAGACGUUGGUUGCAACAGGUUUGAAGUGACAUUAGAGAAAUCCAAUAAGAACUUCUCCAAAAAGAUUCAGCAGAUCCAUGUGGUCUCCCAGUUUAAGAUUCUGGUCAGCUUGUUAGAAAAUAAUAUUUACGUCCAUGACCUGUUGACAUUUCAACAAAUCACUACGGUUUCCAAGGCAAAGGGAGCAUCAUUGUUCACAUGUGACCUUCAGCACACAGAGACUGGGGAGGAGGUGUUGCGGAUGUGUGUGGCCGUGAAAAAGAAGCUGCAGCUCUAUUUCUGGAAAGACAGGGAAUUUCAUGAGUUGCAGGGGGACUUUAGUGUACCGGAUGUGCCCAAGUCCAUGGCAUGGUGCGAAAAUUCAAUCUGUGUGGGCUUCAAGAGAGACUACUACCUAAUAAGGGUGGAUGGAAAGGGGGCCAACAAAGAGCUCUUCCCAACAGGAAAACAGCUGGAACCCUUAGUUGCACCUCUGGCGGAUGGAAAAGUAGCUGUGGGUCAGGAUGAUCUCACCGUGGUGCUCAAUGAGGAGGGGAUCUGCACGCAGAAGUGUGCCCUGAACUGGACAGACAUCCCAGUGGCCAUGGAGCACCAGCCUCCCUACAUCAUUGCAGUGUUGCCUCGAUAUGUGGAAAUCCGAACAUUUGAGCCGAGGCUUCUGGUCCAGAGCAUUGAACUGCAAAGACCCCGUUUCAUUACUUCGGGCGGAUCAAACAUUAUCUAUGUGGCCAGUAAUCACUUUGUCUGGAGACUCAUUCCAGUCCCCAUGGCGACCCAAAUCCAACAGCUUCUCCAGGACAAGCAGUUUGAAUUGGCUCUGCAGCUUGCAGAAAUGAAAGAUGAUUCCGACAGUGAAAAGCAGCAACAGAUCCAUCACAUCAAGAACUUGUAUGCCUUCAACCUCUUCUGCCAGAAGCGUUUCGAUGAGUCCAUGCAGGUCUUUGCUAAACUUGGCACAGAUCCUACCCAUGUGAUGGGCCUGUACCCAGACCUGCUGCCCACAGACUACAGGAAGCAGCUGCAGUAUCCUAACCCACUGCCUGUGCUGUCUGGGGCUGAGCUGGAGAAGGCUCACUUAGCUCUGAUUGACUACCUGACGCAGAAACGCAGCCAAUUGGUAAAGAAGCUGAAUGACUCCGAUCACCAGUCUAGCACCUCCCCUCUCAUGGAAGGGACUCCUACCAUCAAAUCCAAGAAAAAGCUGCUGCAGAUCAUUGACACCACCCUGCUCAAGUGCUACCUUCACACGAACGUGGCCCUGGUGGCCCCCUUGCUGCGUCUGGAGAACAAUCACUGCCACAUCGAAGAGAGCGAGCACGUGCUGAAGAAGGCUCACAAGUACAGCGAGCUGAUCAUCCUGUAUGAGAAGAAGGGGCUCCACGAGAAAGCUCUGCAGGUGCUGGUGGACCAGUCCAAAAAAGCAAAUUCCCCUCUGAAAGGCCAUGAGCGGACAGUACAGUACCUGCAACAUCUGGGCACAGAAAAUCUGCAUUUAAUUUUUUCCUACUCAGUGUGGGUGCUGAGAGACUUUCCAGAGGAUGGUCUGAAGAUAUUUACUGAGGACCUCCCAGAGGUGGAGUCUCUGCCACGAGACCGAGUGCUGGGCUUCUUAGUGGAGAAUUUUAAGGGUCUGGCUAUUCCUUAUCUGGAACAUGUCAUCCACGUUUGGGAGGAGACUGGCUCUCGGUUCCACAACUGCCUGAUCCAGUUGUACUGCGAGAAGGUGCAAGGUCUGAUGAAGGAGUAUCUCCUGUCCUUCCCUGCAGGCAAAGCUCCAGUCCCUGCUGGUGAGGAGGAAGGAGAGCUGGGAGAAUACCGACGGAAGCUCCUUAUGUUCCUGGAAAUUUCCAGCUACUAUGACCCAGGCCGGCUCAUCUGUGAUUUUCCUUUUGAUGGCCUCUUGGAAGAACGUGCUCUCCUGCUGGGACGCAUGGGGAAACAUGAACAAGCUCUCUUCAUCUACGUCCACGUCCUGAAAGACACGAGGAUGGCUGAAGAGUACUGCCACAAGCAUUAUGACCAAAACAAAGAUGGCAACAAAGACGUGUAUCUGUCCCUGCUCCGGAUGUACCUGUCGCCCCCCAGCGUGCACUGCCUGGGGCCGAUCAAGCUGGAACUGCUGGAGCCACAAGCCAACCUCCAGGCUGCCCUGCAGGUCCUGGAGCUGCACCACAGCAAGCUGGACACCACCAAGGCCAUCAAUCUGCUGCCCGCGAACACUCAGAUUAACGACAUACGCAUCUUUCUGGAAAAGGUCUUAGAAGAGAAUGCACAGAAGAAACGGUUCAACCAAGUGCUCAAGAACCUUCUCCAUGCAGAGUUCCUGAGGGUCCAGGAAGAGCGCAUCCUGCACCAGCAGGUGAAGUGCAUCAUCACAGAGGAGAAGGUGUGCAUGGUGUGUAAGAAGAAGAUUGGGAAUAGCGCAUUUGCAAGAUACCCCAAUGGGGUGGUCGUGCAUUACUUCUGCUCCAAAGAGGUCAACCCGGCUGACACCUGAGCCCAGCAGGCCGAGGACUGAGCAGCGGACAGCUCGGCUACCCCAGAGGGGAGAGCCUCGGCCUUGGGAAUCGGGACUGCUACCACCACCGGGAGUCUCCCUGUUUGGACACUGGCUACCUUGAGCCCUGGAACAUUUCUGAAUUAUUCAGACUUGUGUUCUGAUGUUGCCAGAUUUUUGAUAGAAAAAGAAAUUAGUUACACCUUUUAUACCAUUAUGUUGCAGGCAAUUUCAGAGAAUUGGAUACCUGCUUGGACAGGAAGAGAUGGGAAGGGCACCAUCCUGCGUUUGCAUUCCAGUCACCCAAAUAUGGAAACUGUCAAGUGUCUGUAACCCUCCUGGGGGUUGUUUAUUCAGUUUUCUGUUAGGAUGUGCAUAGGACUUCACAGGAGCCUUCAGCUUGGCUGCCUGGAGUCCCUUGAGCAGAGAAGCCCCAGAGCCCCUCUGACUGCAGAGGCUGGAUGGGUCCGCCCUCUAGGUAGGGAAGCUGGUCACUUCGUAGUUGCUGACCCUGCAUCCCCUCACCAGUGUCCCCCAUCAGCACUUGAUUUUUCAGUCUCCUUUUUCUAUUUAUUUUCUUCCUUUAUCUCUCCCCUCACUGCUCCACCCAGGCUUUCUCUCCCAUUUUCCUGAUACCAGGAAUUUUGAACAAGGUAAAAUGAGAAGCAAGAGGAAUUCCUGAUUUCUAGGAAUACAUUGAUAACUGACUGUCACGUGUGUUGUAAAUAGAACCUGCUUGGACUGUACACUCCAUGCCUAGAAGCUUAGAAGAGCAUCGCUCUCAGGGCAGAGUAUGACGGUAGCUCUCAGGGUGGGCUGCCCUGGCUAUGUGACCUCUUGGCAGAUGUCUGCAGAGGCUCCUGCUCCAGGUUCAUCCUCCAGCCCCCCCAGGGCAGGAAACGAUCAGAUCAGAAACUGAAAAUGAUGAUGUUGGGUGUGCUUGUGGGGGGCUCGGGGAGAGCCGAGAAUGCUGCUAGAGCUCAGGAGCUCCUGACAAAACUCACCGCCAAACUUGGGGGAGCCCUUGUUCAGAGGAGACCCCGCCUCCUGUAGGGCCCCAGAGCCCACAGGCGGAGUCCCCAGCACUGCAGGCUGAAGACACACAGGGAGCGCACCCUGUCCUGUCCUCGAUGGGGGCCUAGAGACUCACCAUGACCCCAGAGUCCAACAGUUUUGAGGGUAGGUGACAGCGCCCGAUACUGACACUGCUCUGGUGGCCUGUCCCUGACACGCUGAGAUCCUUUUUAAAGCGCAGCAUCGUGCUGUUUGGGGCCUGUGCUGUAGCCUGACUUGCUGGUGGUGUAGACGAGGCUCCUCGCAGGCCCACCCUCCAUGGAGGGUCUGAAGGGACAAGAGUAAGAGCCAUCAACGUUGUUCACAGAGAUGGGGGACCCUGCUCAGGUUUGGGAGGCCAAACAGCACAUCACAAGAUCCACAUCCCACUGGCCAUGCCCCUCCUAAGAAGCAGGGCCACCCUGGGCCCCAUUUGCACCAGUUCUGAGCACCAGGCUGAGUUUCCUCUGGAGCAGCAGCUGAAACUGGCCCCAGCCCACACGCCCUGCCUUCCUGGCCUCCAUGUGUGCACCUCCCGUUCCCACCACCUGUGCGGCACACGUGUUUGAAGCAAUAGAAUAAAAAAUGUGUUUCCUUCCCUGCUGGAAUAUAUAAACAACCAAGUUUUCCCGAACUCCAUUCUCCUGCCCUAGACACUCUGCCCUCCACGGAGGUGUGGCGAAGGCUGGAGAUGAACGCACUACGGUGAGGACUGGCAGAGCUCUCAUAAUAAACAUCAUUAAGUAAGAAACCAA